AUGAAGUAUCUUGAGUCAUGUGUGAAGACAAGGUACAUUCUCAGAGGUCAAUUGGCAAAAAUUGCACCGUUGGCAAAUGUCAAUAUCCGAGUCAACAUACCUACAGCUAAAGGUUCUUCACAUGACGACUAUGUUGUUGAGUUCAAUUUACCAUGGUUGAAGAUUGCAAUUGUCCACAACCACUUCAUGUUGAACGAAAGUCUUACAAACCCAUUGUUCGGAAAAGGCAAGUGCAACAUUGUCAGAGCUGUAAACAUUCUUUUCGAGAAAGGUUUGUUGGAACCAAUUCCAGAUGACAAGCUGACAGAAACUUUUGUACCAAAAGACGAAACAAACUUUUCACUGUUAGCAAGACCAAAAGUUGUUCCAGACAAAGUUCUAGUACAAAAGAAGUACACAAUUCCACAAGGAGUUGGAUUGUUCGGAUACCAACCUGAACCAGAAGAACUUCCAAUGAGGUUGCAAGAACUUCAAGAUGCUAUAAACAAACUUCCAUUGAGACAUCCAAUUGACGUCAAAUUGUAUUGGAGAGCAUCUGAGUUAGGUCAGAAGGUUUUAUAUGAAACAGGUUGCUUCGACGAUGUUUAUGAGAUAACAGGAGAAGUUUCUCAGAAGAUAAGAGACUCACUUGAAUUUCCACAAACUGGACCAAUUGGUUGCGACAAGUUCGACUCAGAUGAAAAGAUAUACUAUGUCGACCUUAACGCUGCAUACAUGAGGUUUGUCCAAUAUAUUCCGACUGGAAUUCCAAACGAAGAUGGUGAGUUCCCGGGAAGGAACUAUACAGUUGGAAAAGUCAUACAACAACUGUAUGAU